AUGUUGGCCGAUCUUAACGUGCCCUGGCCUGCAAAUCCUACACCAGCGGCUCUUGCCAGUCUUUCAAAAACCCUUUUGGUUCUGGCAGACUUUGGCUACACAGUUGUUGCAUUAAACCAUAUCAUCUAUCCCAAAACUACACAAUCAAAUACUUCAAACUCCAAAAAGAAGGGAGCACAAAAACAACAGCAACAACAGCAACAACAACAACAACAACAACAACAAUCUAAUCCUUUUGAAAAUCCAAUCGACCUUUCUCUAUUGCCCAUUCCUCCUCCAGCAUCUCUUACUAUUCUAACUCGUGCAACUCUCGUGCUUAACGACACCCCAGCAUCAUCGGCUCAAGCACAAAAACUUACAACUCUUGCUCUUGAUUAUGAUAUCCUGGCCGUACGACCAACAACAGAACGCGCUCUGCUACUCUCAUGUACCUCCUACGAUGCAAUCAAUCUCAUUUCACUCGAUCUCACAACAAGGCUCCCCUGUUUUCUCAAGCAUAAGACCAUAGGUGCUGCCAUUGCACGUGGCGUGGUGUUUGAAAUCUGCUACGCGGGCGGCGCAGACCCUUCGGCAGCACCCACUUCUACAAACGCUCCUAAACUGACCCAGGUGGCUGAUGAUAAAUCUGAUACCACCACUGAUACCCUACUCUACGAUGAGGCCGGCGCUGCAGCAUCCGCAAUGCAUAACCAAGAAGCCAGGAAACAUGUCAUUGCCGGCGCAGCCUCUAUCAUCCGUGCAAUCCGCGGUAAGCGAGCAGUCAUUGUGUCUUCGGAGGCGUACUCGCCGCUGGCCGUGCGUGGGGCUUACGAUGCUGUCAACCUUGCCACUACUUGGGGUCUUGAUCAUAUGCGUGCGCGCGAUGCAGUUGGGAAAGUUUGCGCUGCUGUGGUUCGUGCAGCCCAAUUGCGCAGACACGCUUAUAAACAAGUCAUUGCGCUUUCACAGAAACGGAAACCUUUAGUACCACUGGUAGGAGAAGAGCUCCCUAAUGAAGAAAUACCAAUGGCUAGUGACGAUGAGGGUCACAGUGUAAAACGUAGGAAGUUUGUUUGA